AUGGGGCCGCUCUACAAGAAAGCGCUCGUUAUUGGGGCUACCUCGGGUAUUAGAGCGGCUCUAGCAUCAAAGCUCGUUGAAAAUAGUACCAAGGUUGUUGUUGUGGGUCGUCGACGGAAGCGUCUGCAGGCGUUCGUGAAGACACACGGCUCGGAUGUCUCAAGUUCUAUCAUCUUCGACAUAACAAACCUAUCGGGUAUCAAGGCCUUUGCUAACACCGUUAUCAAGUCAAAUCCAGAUCUUGACUGUGUGAUAAUAAGCUCUGGUGUACAACACGGCUUCGACUUCACUCAACCCGAGACAGUAGACCUUUCAAUGCUCGGCGUAGAGCUCACAACAAACUAUACUUCGGUCGUUCACCUUACGGCAGCAUUCUUGCCCCAUCUUAAGAAAGAACCCCACGGAAACCUCGUGUAUAUCAAUGCGGGGUCGGGAUUGAUUCCAGCCAUGAGCCGAACACCAAAUUACAACGCGUCGAAAGCCGCCCUUCACGCGUUUGUUAUAGGUCUACGAUACCAGCUACGUGAUGCCGGAUGCCCUCUGCAUAUUGUGGAGGUAUUCCCUCCUGCGGUGCAAACAGAAAUGCACAACGAAGAAAAUCAGCCAGACAUGAUCAACGGGAACGAAAUAGGCAUGCCAGUGGAUGAAUUUAUCGAUAAGAUGUAUGAAGAUUUGGUCAAGGGUAGCGAUCAGUUCGCGGUCGGCUUUGGAACGGAGCUAUUUAAAGAAGGGGGUUGGGAAUUCCAGCGCGGAAAAAUGUGUGAUGAAGUAAGAAGUGUUUUAAACGUUGCAUUAGUGGAUUAUUUACGGGACUAA